AAGCGUCGCACCGUUGCAGUGCGCAAGGUCAGAGAACGAGCUUAGUAGAAAUGUUUGGCUGUAGUGUCCGUCUUUCUUGUAGCUAUAAUUGUAAGUAACUUUUUUUUUUAGCGUUACGGAACAUUUAGCAUCGAGUCGUCGAAGUCUUCAGUUUUAAAAAGGCUCCUGAAGUGCCUGCCACCUGGCCGUCAUGGUGGGGCUGGUGAAGAGCUACUGCGAAGAAGGCAUAUCCAUGCAGCAGGUGUGGGUAGAGGGCGGUGUGACACCGUGCUUCUUCUUCACCCUGGCACCAUCCGUCCUGCUGAGCCUGGCCUGCUUGCUGGGUGCCAUGCACUGUGUGCGCUAUGUCCGCCUCGGCACCGACAUGGAGCCCAAGUUUGUGCCACGCUCCUGCCUCUAUGCCCUGCAGCUGGUCCUGACGGCGCUGCUCGCCCUGCAGGGCCCAGCAUGGGCUGGGUGGCGAGCGGCGCAGGCCAGCCCCAUGGCACCCGCUGGAUACGUGGUGCUCUACGGCUGCCUGACAACACUGGGCUGGGCCUGGGCGGGCGCCUUGCUGCGACUGGAACGGUGCAGGGUGCCGACGGGCAACCGCACCAGGGGCCACAGCGCCGCCCUGCUGCUCUACUGGGCUGUGGCGUUUGCCGCCGAGAACCUGGCCUUCGUUUCCUGGUCGAGCCCUCAGUGGUGGUGGCGGCUGGAGAGCAGCCAGCAGCAGGUGGAGUUUAUGUUCUGGCUCUUCCGUUACCUCAGCUCAGGGACACUGUUCUUCCUAGGCCUCAAGGCCCCAGGGUUGCCACGACGACCCUACAUGCUCCUCAUCAACGAGGAUGAGCGCGACAUGGAACAUGGUGGACAGCCCCUGCUGGGUGCGGAGGCGAGCCCCCCCUCGGCCUGGCGGGACUUUGGGCGGAAAGUGCGGCUGCUGGCGCCGUACAUGUGGCCCACUGGCAACAUGCUCCUGCAGCUGCUCGUCCUGCUCUGCCUUGGUCUGCUGGGGGCUGAGCGCGCCGUCAAUGUCUUCGUGCCCAUCUACUAUAAAAACAUAGUGAACGAUCUCACAGGCAGGAGUCCUUGGAAGACUGUGGCCACUACGGUGUGCAUCUAUGUUCUGCUCAAGUUCCUGCAGGGUGGUGGUGCAGGUUCUUCUGGCUUUAUCAGUAACGCGCGCUCCUUCCUGUGGAUCCGCGUGCAGCAGUACACCAGCCGCGUGGUGCAGGUGCGCCUGUUCGCCCACCUGCACUGGCUCUCUCUGCGCUGGCACCUGAGCCGCCGCACCGGAGAGGUGCUCCGCAGCAUUGACCGUGGCACCUCCUCCAUCGACAGCCUGCUCAGUUACAUUGUCUUCAGCAUUUUUCCCACCAUUGCUGACAUCAUCAUCGCCAUCAUCUAUUUCAUCUCCUACUUCAAUGCCUGGUUCGGCCUCAUAGUCUUCAUCUGCAUGGCCCUUUAUCUUACUCUCACAGUCAUCAUCACAGAGUGGAGGACGAAGUACAGACGUGACAUGAACACGCACGACAACAACGCCAAGGCCAAAGCAGUGGACUCCCUGCUCAACUUUGAGACGGUGAAAUACUACAACGCGGAGAGCUACGAAGUAGGCCGCUUCGAAGAAGCAAUCCUCAAAUAUCAGUUAUUGGAGUGGAAGACAAACGCUUCCCUGGCGCUGCUGAACCAGACGCAGAAUGCCAUCAUCGGCUCGGGUCUGCUGGCCGGCUCACUGCUCUGUGCCUACUUCGUCACAGAGGGCAAGUUCGAGGUGGGAGACUACGUUCUGUUUGGAACGUACAUCAUCCAGCUUUACACACCUCUCAACUGGUUUGGAACGUACUAUAGAGUUAUCCAGAGGUCCUUUAUCGACAUGGAGAACAUGUUCAAGCUCUUUGACGAAGAGGAGGAGGUGAAGGAUGACGUGAACGCAGGAAGCCUUCUCUACAAGCUGGGGAGGAUUGAGUUCGACAACGUCUCCUUCAGCUACACGGAAGGGAAGGAGAUCCUCAGGGGCGUCUCUUUCACGGUCUUACCUGGCCAGACCGUCGCACUUGUCGGCCAGUCGGGCUCCGGAAAGAGCACCAUCAUCCGCCUGCUCUUCCGCUUCUACGAUGUCCAAGGCGGUUGCAUCCGCAUCGAUGGCCAGGACAUCACCAAGGUAAAGCAGGCCUCCCUGCGAGCUCACAUCGGUGUGGUUCCGCAGGACACUGUCCUGUUCAACGACAACAUCCGCGAGAACAUCCGCUAUGGCCGCAUUUCAGCCACUGACCAGGAAGUGGAGGAGGCAGCCAUCGCCGCUGACAUCCAUGACCGCAUCCUGUCCUUUCCCGAGGGCUACGACACCCAAGUGGGUGAGCGAGGGCUGAAGUUGAGCGGCGGAGAGAAGCAGAGAGUCGCCAUCGCUCGCACCAUUCUCAAGGCACCCGAGAUCAUCCUCCUGGACGAGGCCACUUCUGCGCUCGACACACAGACGGAGCGCAACAUUCAGGCCUCGCUGGCCAAAGUGUGUGUCAACCGCACCACCAUCGUAGUGGCCCACAGAUUGUCCACCAUCAUUGGAGCUGAUCAGAUCCUAGUUGUACGUGAUGGCCAGAUCGCAGAGAGAGGAAGACACGAGGAGCUGCUGGCCAAGGGUGGCCUCUACUCUGACAUGUGGCUGAAGCAGCAACAGGCCCAGGAUUCGGACUCUGCCUCGGACACGGAGGCUAAAGACACACGGCCAGAGAAACUCCAACCCCCAGCACCAUCUGUGGGCCACAGGAGUCACUGAGGGCUUUGAUGCACACUACAGAGGUUUCUUGAUGAUGUACACCUCAGAGGGUUUAAUAGGGAUUGGAUUUUUUUUUUCUUUUUCUUUUAACCCUAUUUAUAUCUUAAUCAUUGUAUACACAUUUGUCCACAAACUGUUGAUGAGUUUCAUUAUUUCUCUUGCAUGUUGCAUAUACUUGUUUUUUAUGAACAAGUUUUUAUUGCCUUUCACAACAGGGAUGAUGGGGGAAGGCAGAGCCGUGACAUACAAUGUUCGGUAUACACACAGAUCGAACAAAGACAGCCAGACCAAUUACAUAAUACACUUGAACACUACGAUUCUUGAAUAGACAAUACAAAUUCUCCCAGUUACUAUGUGUUGAUGGUAUUGCUUUGUUAAGCUUAGCUGUAAGAUAUUCUGUCCAAGCAAUAUUUUGGAGACAACAUUUUCAGAAUCUUAUGCAUGGUCAAUCCAAAGUCGUAAGACUUUUGGUAGCAGUAAAACCUGCUCUUGCGUCUGAGAAAACUUAUUUAAAUCUAUACGGGUGUAGACGACUGCCUCUUCAUCAGAUUUCGAAUGGACUGAACGAGAAAUUCGGAAUUCCAUCAAUGUUCAUUGUGUGUGGAAAUAUGUAAGGCAAGUUUAAAACUUUAAAUAUGGAGGAAGCCAACACAUCAUUAUUGAUAUUAGGAGAGAAAGGCGAUGAGUAAUGCUAAACACACAUCUCCUUCUUGUGACUUUAGAUUAUUUCUUCAUCAGAGAAAUAAUGUGCUUGAAUAUAAUGCACAUCAGUGCAAUUACAUCUACUGUGAUUUCUAAACUGACAGUGCAGCUAGCUGUCUUUAAAAGUUAACAAACCUUGCAGUUAGCAGCAGUUACUGUUUUUAAACAAAAUGUAGUGACUGCUCACAGCUGCAUGCAAGGAGGCCGUACGGACUUACUGACAGUGUGAAAUCUUAUAAAUGACAUAUCUGCUUUAGAUUUGUAUAAUAUGAAGUCAAAGAAAUACUAAAAGCUUAAAUGUAUGGGUUCUCAUCACAUGUGUAUUGCAUGAGGGUAAAAAGAUCCACAGAUAAUUUAAUUUUAUCUUUUGCUGUUAUUUAGGAAAUUACAUUCUGCUCUCUGACAGAACAGUUUGAGGAGCAGGGUUUUUUGUGUGUAAAAUGUUAUUUUUUGCGAGUGGACUGUAUCUAUUACUGCCUGGUUUUGUACGUAAUUGUUAAGAUGGGUGAUUUUAUAUUAAAAUUAAUGAAAACGUGA